CCCUCUGUCCUCCGUCCUGCCAUGAUGUCACCGCAAGCUGCCGAUUGAAGGCAAGAGUGGGAAUGUGGCUGUGGAGAAAGAGUUGCCACUUGCUCGCCUCCCCUCGCCCUCGCCGCCGCCACAGCAGCAGCAGCAGCAGGAUCCACUAGAGCGCCGGGAUGGCCAAAGACGAGUUCCUGCUGCGCUCGGCCGGGGCGCCGGUGAUCAUCAAGCAGGAGCCCGACGACGACUCGGACGCGGACGAGCCGAAUUUGAAGAAGUCGGACGAGCUUCAGAUCAUCCACAGCGGGCAUUUCAUGGUGUCGUCGCCGCACCGAGAGCACCUUCCCAAGAAAGGCUACGAUUUCGACACCGUCAACAAGCAAACGUGUCAGACUUACUGCUUCGGGCCGUACAGCGCGUCGCAUCUGUCCAUCGACGCUUCGCUGACCAAGCUGUUCGAGUGCAUGACCCUGGCCUACAGUGGAAAAUUGGUUUCCCCCAAAUGGAAAAAUUUUAAAGGAUUGAAACUUUUGUGGAGAGACAAGAUUCGACUGAACAACGCUAUCUGGAGGGCAUGGUAUAUGCAAUAUGUGGAAAAACGAGACAAUCCAGUUUGCCAUUUUGUUACCCCACUAGAUGGCACAAUUGAGUUUGACGAACCGCGAAAACCUGAAGCAGCUACCGAAGGAAAAUUCUGGAAAAGAAGAAUUGAAAUUGUAAAAAGAGAGUAUCACAAAUGGCGUACAUACUUCAAGAAAAGGUUGCAAAAGCACAAAGAUGAGGACCUUUCAUGUCUGAUUAAACUUUCCGGGUUUGAUGAUGGAUGCGCAGAAAGCUGCUGCCUUUCAUUUCAAGAUGAUGACUUGGCAUUAUGGUGUGCAAAAAGAAGAGGGAGUGAUACACCCGUUCCUAUGGAGGAAGACCAGCUCCUAGAUAUGGAUAUGCUAGUGUAUGAAUUCCCUGACACGCUUUUUUCAACUUUGUCUUCACACCAUCCUGUUGCCUGGCCUAACCCACGAGAGAUUGCUCAUGCUGGCAAUGCAGAUAUGAUUCAGCCUGGACUGAUCCCUCUUCAGCCCAAUCUAGACUUCAUGGACACAUUUGAACCUUUCCAAGAUUUAUUUCCAACAACUCGCUUCUCCUCUCCUUUUCCGUCCGUCCCUUCGAUCACCCCCCUAGGUGGCGGUAGCUCACCAUCACAGGAAGCCAUCCUGUCUGCUAGCAAUCUAACUGGUACAAUCUCGUCAGUUAAUAUUGAGGAGGACCUAAUUCCAUCCCCUGCUCCUCGUUCAUUGAUGAACCGUGUUGAUACCAACAAUGACACAGCUUUUGUUGAGAAUCAAGAGUUUCAACCUCAGACAGCAAUUAACAACGAGGAAACAUUUUUACCACUGUUUUCAUCCGAUGUGCCGUCAUCUCAAACACCUCGAAUCCAGCAGCAAAAAACGGCCAAGUCUGAAGUGCCUCCCAUCAUGUCUCUAAAUGCUCAGACAUUUGUAGGUGCAGGGAAUCAGAAGUUUACUGUUUCUGCUUCUUCCCCAUCACCAGCGAUCACUCACACUGCCUCAUCCACGUUUACGCAAAUACCUGCUGCUACUACGUUCACCCAAAAUCAGAAUCUUCAUCUUGCCACAAAACAGCAAGGAGUGCCUUGUAACGUUACUAUGCAGCCACCUAAAAAUCUAACACCUUUUGUUGUACCUAAAGCUGGCCCUCCUGCAGGGCUUGGCAGUAGACCUAAACAGCUACCGAAAUAUGUGCCUGGAAAGUCAGAGCUGGUCCCAAUAGCGCCCGCUGCCUCACCAAGUGCCUUCCUCACGCAAUUUUUGGCAUCAGGCUCCAGUGCUGUUCUUGUAACCUCAACCCAUUUAAAAGCUGAAGGAGUACUGACUUGUAGAGUUACCCAACCCAGUGUUGUUAUCACACCAGCUGCCAUUGCUACGGCCUCGGGUGUACCAGAUUUCCACGGCAGUAUUUUAGUUGGCCCUGCGCAACAACCAGGCGUGAUGAGCUCUUCACGGCAGACGUCGCAGCCUGUUAAAUCAGCCAUGUCACAUUUGUUUGCUACAAGUGUAGUCCCGAGUACAAUACGAUUGCAGCCCAAAACUGAGCAGAUCACACCUCCAACUUCAAACAGGCAGGCACCUUCACCCACACCUACAAAUCGGGAGCGACAGAAUUCAGGUCAAGGCUCACCAGCAUCAUCAGAGAGGAUUCCCAGCCCGCAGUCUCCCUUAAACAGUUCUACAAAGUCUAAACCAGAGCAGCCAGUUGUGGUACUUAAGAGUCGAAGAAUGACCCAUAUUUCAGCAGAACAGAAAAGACGAUUUAACAUCAAAAUGGGUUUUGAUACUCUUCAUAGCCUGGUGACCACUUUAAAAUGUCAGUCUAACAUAAAACCGAUCAGCAAUGCAGUCACUCUGCAGAAGACCGUGGAAUAUAUAGCAAAGCUGCAGCAGGAGAGGUCACAGCUGCAGGAUGAAGCUAAGCGUCUCAGGGAAGAAAUUGAAGAGCUUAAUGCUUCAAUCAGUGUCAGUCAGCAGCAACUCCCUGCCACUGGUGUCCCAAUAACACAGCAACGAUUUGAUCACAUGAAGGAACUGUUCGAUGAGUAUGUCAAAUCACGAACACUUCAGAACUGGAAGUUUUGGAUUUUCAGCAUAAUCAUUAAACCAUUGUUUGACUCUUUUAAUACUAUGGUUACAAGCACAAGUUUAGAUGAUUUAUGCAAGUCAACAUUGUCCUGGGUGGAUCAGCACUGUUCUCUACCUGUUCUUCGACCAAUGGUACUGAGCACACUUCGUCAUCUAAGUACUACCACAUCGAUUCUGUCUGAUCCAACGCUGAUGCCUGAACAAGCUAUUCAAGCUGUCAAUCAGAUCAGUAAGAGCAGUGGGGAAUCAUAGCAUCUACACCCGAUGGCAUUUCCUGUGACAUGUGGAAGUCUCAUGGUUGAAGAUAAUCCUUCUGGUGGAAAAGCACAGAAAUGCUUUUCAUCCCUAUCUUCCUCUUUGUGACUUUUGCACUUUAAUUAUGAAAGCUGUGAUCUAGAAAGUUAGGCAACCUGAAGUUUACUACUGGGUCUUAAAUACUUGUUCUUCAUCAAGCCUUCUGAUUUAUUAAUAAAUCCAAUAAUUAACCACGAAAGAUAAAUUCCAAAAUCAUGGAAACUAUUAUUACCUAUAAGUGUCAAUGCUGCAUGCUAAAUUUCCUGUGUGAUGCAUUACAAUUCCUAGUAGCACAAGCAAUAUUUAAAGUUUUUUUCUGUAUUUAACAGAAAAUAUCAGUGAAGUGCCGAGCUUCAGCCUGUGUCACUUGUAGUGUGUGGGGAAGGAAGAUGGCAGAAAUGUGGAGUACAUUGUUAAUAAUGUAUGCUGGCUGUUUUUAGCAUUAUUGUUUUUGAAGAUUAAGGAUAAGGUUAACUAUUACUCAUUAAUUUGCUUUCAUACUCUGCAUCCAAUUUUUGGUUACGAAUACUUAGUUUAAUUUUUAGCUUCAAAGCUACAGUUUCUCGCAGCUCAUUUUUACUUUCUUAUUGUAUUAACAUGAGCGUGGGAUUGCGUUCUCCUGAUGAAGUAACAGAAGGUUUAUCUAUUAGUAAUUUAACAUCCCUCUUCUGUGCAUUGGUCCCAUGAUCAAGAAGAAAGUAAUACUCAGGUACACACACGUUGCAUACACUAUGAAUAGUAAUAAGAUGUUGUUUGUAAUAAAUGAAAGCCUCAAGUGAAAAAAUCAGUUCAUGUAGUUCUUUGUAAAUUGCUGUUAAAAUUUAAGUGUAAUUUAUUUAAGGGAAGCCACCUCAAGGGUGAUACUUUUUGGAUACUUCCAACAAUGUUAUUUUUUGUUUGAACUCCAUUGCUUUAGUCCUACCCAUUUGAUUUAUUCUUUCCCAACAAGCUUUCUGAAAAACAUGAAGAUUGUACAUUAAAAACCAAAGACAAUACUUUGCUGGUAUAAAAUCAGAUGUUUUUGCAUUGGGUUUCCAUUCUACAGUGAGCAGGCUUGAAUAACAUUAAAUGGAUAAUGUUUAUUAAUGCAGAUCAGUGCAUGGAUUCACCUGUUAUGUUGUGAGAAAGAAAAACAAGCACAUUUGUUCGAACAUUUUCAUUGUUGCCUCAAGAAAUAAAAUCUUUCCUUUGCAGAAAAUUAAAUUGUUUUGUAAAUGAUGUGACAGAAAGCAUUAAUUCUGUUGUGAUUAUAUGGGGCUACAGAAAACCAGGUGAUAUUCAAUGUAGAUUCUGUAAACAAUUUGUGCAAAAUCUGAAACUUGAUUGGUGUACAUAAUUGUUUUAGGCUUCUAGUGCUACCUACAGAUUGUUCUAUUUAGAACCAUGAUGUAUUUAAGCUUCAUUUAUAUUUUAUUAAAUAAAAUAGAAACCAAUUCUACAUUUGACCUUUCA